UGCGCUUCACGAGAAAGCACAGGAAUCGCAGAGGCUGCGUGAGGAACAUAGUCAAAGGGCAACGCGACCGGUAAAGUGGGCGGGUUGUCGUCCGCGCCUUGUUACAGGCGGGAGGUAGGGGAUGAACUUGUCGGCCUCCGUGGGCCCCUCUUCCUCUGGCCGCCAUCGCCAUCAUGGCCACGAUAGAACAGGAGUUCCAAGAGAUCGACGCCGCGAACGACUGGCAGCCCCGCUACCAGGAUAUUCGUAACCAAUCCAAGGAUUAUCCACAUAAAGUUGCAAAGUAUCCAGAAAACCGAAAUCGAAACAGAUACAGAGAUGUUAGUCCAUAUGAUCACAGUCGAGUCGUACUGCAGAAUACAGACAAUGAUUACAUCAAUGCAAGCUUGGUGGUUAAUGAAGAAGCCCAAAGAAAUUAUAUUUUAACACAGGGUCCACUUCCUAACACAUGUUGCCAUUUCUGGUUAAUGGUAUGGCAACAGAAGACCAAAGCAGUUGUCAUGUUAAACAGAAUUGUUGAGAAAGAUUCGGUAAAAUGUGCUCAGUACUGGCCCACGAAAGAGGAGGACAUCAUGAUGUUCAAAGAAACAGGAUUUUGUGUGAGGCUAAAAUCUGAAGAUGUUAAAUCCUACUAUACAGUACGACAACUUCAGCUAGAAAAUAUCAGUAAUGGAGAGUGCAGGAUGAUAUUCCAUUUUCAUUAUACUACAUGGCCAGAUUUUGGAGUUCCUGAGUCCCCAGCUUCAUUCCUCAACUUCUUGUUUAAAGUCAGAGAAUCUGGAUCUCUGAGCCCUGAGCAUGGGCCUGCAGUCAUUCACUGUAGUGCUGGAAUAGGGCGCUCUGGUACAUUUUCAUUGGUAGAUACGUGUCUUGUCCUGAUGGAAAAAAGGAAAGACCCAUUUUCUGUAGACAUUAAACAAGUAUUACUAAAUAUGAGGAAAUACCGAAUGGGACUUAUUCAGACUCCUGAUCAGCUAAGAUUUUCAUAUAUGGCUGUAAUAGAAGGGGCCAAAUAUAUAAUGGGUGAUUCUACUAUACAGAAUCAAUGGAAGGAACUUUCAAAGGAGGACCAAGCACCAAGUUCUGAACACUCUUCUCCAUACACAGCCAAACUUCCAGCGGAGAAAUACAACGGGAACAGUCUGGGGUUUGAAAAUCAGGAACAAACUGAAGAUCUCAUUGAUGCAGAGCUGACUUCUACAGUUCAGAAUACUGCAGAUGCAAAUGCUGACAUUGCUGUUCGGAAACGGCUGAGAGAGGACAGAAAAGCUAACACAGCACAGAAGGUGCAGCAGAUGAAACAUAGGCUGAGUGAAGCUGAAAGAAAAAGAAAAAGGCAGAGAAUGACGGACACCUAACUCUCCAAGACUUGUGAAUAUUCUGCAGCUAUAAAUUGCAUUCUAUUGGCAUGCAAAGCAGGACAUGACCCCUCGCCAAGAACAAAAGUGAGGUCUGAGCAAUACCCAGGUGGCCUCACAAGUAUCUGUUUACAACGUAAACACCAACCAGGGAAUGAUGUAUACCACCAGCAAGAGAUGUUGCAAAA